AUGGAGGUUAUCCUUUCCUGCUUCUUCCACUUCUCUUCUGCCGAUGAUAAUGAUUAUAAUGAUGAUACUGAUGGUGGUGGUGGUGGUGAUGAUGAUGAUGAUAGCGAUGAUGAUUGUUCAGGCGACCAGUCCUCUCUGUAUUAUGUAUUCUCCGAUCUUCUACGCAGCUCUUCAGUAUCCACGGCUUCAACCUUCUACCGCAUAACCCACAUUCAAAUUUCAGCAACCAUUCAAGCAAACUUCAAGGAGAAAGCCGCCGGACCACUCCGUCUUCACGGAAUCACAGCCACACCGCCGCAGGAUCGCGGCGGCCUUCGCCGUGUAUUUGUCUCAGUCAGCAGCUCCCUCGACCGCCGUCCACUUCGACUAGUCGUAAAUCCUACAACAGCAGCAGCUUGCAGCUCCUCAGUGUUUAGGCAUUGCCUCCAGCUGUUAUGCUCCAGUAAAGUAACCAUGUAUCGGGGUAUGGUAAUAGCAAAUCAUCCAAAUGUAUGUGUUUCCUUGAUCUCCACAUGUGAGAAUUUAUUUAUAAAUGUCCAUUCCCAUUACUCAAGUACAUGCCAUUUUCAGCGGCAAUUACACAAUUCGUCAAAAUCUGUAACGCUUUUGGCGAAAGAAUGUUUUAAUGCAUCUAUGAUAAACUUUAUUCCAGUUUCUUUCUAUUCUUCUGAUGCAAUCCGACGCCUGAGGGCCCCCCCAACAAGGUCUCUGAGAAGGAGGAUGCGCAAAAGAGCUUUGGCUGCUGCCAAACCUGUUCUUGAUGAAUCCUGGGUUCAAAGGGCAAUAUCUCAACUUCCACCUAGAUUUACCCCUGAGGAGCUGUUGAAUGUCAUGAAUGUAGAAAAAGAUCCUUUGGUGUGUUUAGAAUUGUUCAACUGGGCAUCAACUCAACAUAGGUUCAGGCAUGAUGCCUCAACGUUCCACAUAACCAUACAGAGGCUUGGUGCAGUGAAAAUGUAUCAGGAGAUGGAUGAUGUUGUCAAUCAAGUGCUUGCUGUUCCCUCUAUUGGUUCUGAGGCACUUUACAAUACUAUGAUAUACUACUUCACAGAAGCUAGGAAGUUGACUAGAGCUGUAAAUAUAUUUAAGCAUAUGCAGAACAGUAAGAAAUUGGAUUGCAGGCCGUCAAUAAGAACUUACAAUAUUCUUUUUGCUGCACUUUUGAGUAACGGAAAGAAUUCUUAUAUAAGUCACCUGUAUAUGGAGACCACUCGUAGCCUAUUUAAACAGAUGAUUAAUGAUGGGGUUGAACCAGAUAUCUUUUCCUUGAAUUCUAUGAUAAAAGGAUAUGUUCUUUCACUUCAUGUGAAUGAUGCUCUGAGGAUAUUUCACCAGAUGGGUGUUGUCUAUAAGUGCCAUCCAAACUCUUUUUCCUAUGAUUAUCUGAUCCAUGGAUUGUGUGCACAAGGUAGAACAAAGAAUGCCACAGAACUCUGUGAUGAAAUGAAAAGGAAAGGAUUUAUUCCCAGUAGCAAAUCUUACAACUCACUGGUGAACGCUUUAGCUUUGGGUGGAGAGGUAGAAAAUGCAGUAAAAUUAUUGCGGGAGAUGAAUGACAAUCAACGAUCAGUUGACUUCAUUACGUACAAGACAGUGGCUGAUGAAAUAUGCCGGCAACAGAGUGUACAUAAUGCUAUGAGUUUUUUGAAGGAGUUGCAUGACAAGGAUCUUAUCGAUGGCCAUACUUACAAGAAGCUUUUAUAUGAACUUGAAGACAAUUAUCCCAAUUCCCAAGACAAGCGUGGGCGUGGAAAAUUGUUAUAGCGGUGGUAAUGAUUCCUUUCUUCAUGAAAUUCUGCCAACUAAGCCACUAGGUUCAUCUGUAGACUCAUUAGAAAAUCACUUUACACAUCUCAAAUGGUGUUUGAACUGAAGAUUGGAUUUCAUUAGGCUUGGUGGGUUGCGGUUCAAAGUGGUCCUGCAACUCGUAAUGGGUGGAAAACAGGCUAUCGUUUGCAAUCUAAUGAUGGUGGCUUGGAUUCAUUGGCUAGCCUGUGGGAACUGAUACAGUGUUCGCGUAUUGUUCGGCAUCACUGCUUUGGAUGAAUGGCAAUAAAUCCAGUAAAGUCGAGUCCAGAAAGAUCUGAUGGACCCUUUCUCUUUUCCUCUGCAACUUUGUUGGUUGUGUGAGAGCUUGGAUUGUGUGGAGCUAAGUUGGUUGUGAUAAAUUACAUAUCUUGUUGAAUGCUCUCCCAUAAACUUUUUGGUGAUCCAUAUCUACAAGUUGCCAUGUUUCUAUAGAUGAUGCUGAGAAACAUUUUUUUUGGAAAAUACCACAUGCACUCCCAUUUCUUACUCCCAACUUGUACUUCCUUUCACAAAUUCUUGAUGUAGACACAUUCUCUGGGACCCACAUGAUGAAAAUAUCCAAUCUUUGCUUGUCAUGUCAUGGAAUAAAAGUGAGGGAGUAAAAUUUGGAUGUACAUGUAGUAAAACUUUUUUUUUUAUGCCUGAAGAGUGAUAGAGGAUACCAGUCGUUGGAACUGGCCAUAAUCCUGAGCACUUUUUACUAAUAUGCACUAUGUGACGUUUAAUUUUAAAUUAUUUACAUUGUUGCUUAUUAUCACAAUUGUAAUAGUAAUGGUGAUAUUCAUUCAUUGACUAUUCGGUUGUGUUAUAUAAUAGGUUUGAUUGUGUUAUAUAA